AUGGUGUGCGCCCACCACAGUUACACAUUCUCCUGCCCAGCAAUGGCCAUCCAAGCUGUGUUGGUGUCAAACUCCCUGCUGCCACAAGCAAAGAAACACUGUAUCCCCCUGCAUAGUAACUGGUUUCCUCUGGUUUUCAUAUCCUAUGGGUCUGCAGCGCUAAAAGCCGCAUUGGUCAUCCAGAACUGGUACCGAGGUUACAGUGCUCGGUUGAAGGCCAGACAACGCUAUGCCCUCACCAUCUUCCAGUCUAUCGAAUAUGCUGAUGAACAAGGCCAACUGCAGCUAUCCAACUUCUUUUCCUUCAUGUUGGAAAACUAUACACAUAUACACGAGAAAGACCCAGGUAAGUAAAAUGUUUUGUCUUUUGAAACGCAGUCAUUAAAUAUUGAAUUCACCCUCCAGGACUGCAAGGAUAGACAGGAGUAUGUCUCAUUCAUAGACGUCCCAGACUCCUAUAAUGGUCCUCGGCUGCAAUUUCCUCUCACCUUUACUGACAUUGAUAUACUUGUUGAGGCCUUCAGGCAACAACAGGUACUUCAUGCUCAUUAUGUCUUAGAAGUGCUCUUUGAAACAAAGAGAGUCCUGAAGCAAAUGCCGAACUUCACUCACGUAAAGACGUCUCCCUCCAAAGAGAUAACGAUCUGUGGUGAUUUGCAUGGGAAACUGGAUGAUCUUUUUUUGAUCUUCUAUAAGAAUGGUCUCCCCUCAAGGAGCAACUCAUAUAUUUUUAAUGGUGAUUUUGUAGAUCGAGGAAAACAUUCCAUAGAGAUCCUAAUGAUCCUGUUUGUGAGUUUUCUUGUCUACCCCAAUGACCUGCACUUGAACAGAGGGAACCAUGAAGAUUUUAUGAUGAAUCUGAGGUAUGGCUUCACAAAAGAAAUUUUGCAUAAAUAUAAGAUGCAUGGAAAGAAAAUCUUACAAAUCUUAGAAGACCUCUAUUCCUGGCUCCCAAUUGGUACAAUCAUUGACAAUGAAAUCCUGGUCAUACAUGGUGGGAUAUCAGAGUCCACAGACUUGAAUUUGCUCCACCGUAUAGAAAGAAACAAAAUGAAAUCUGUGCUGAUGCCACCAAUUCCCUUGGUUGAAGACCACAAUACUGACUUGAAGAAAAAUGAAGUAGGUGCAACUCUUAUACCUCAGGAACUCAAAACAAAUGGAUCCCUUUCUGAGCAGUUAACAAAGCAUGAAUGGGAACAGGUUAUCGAUAUUCUGUGGAGUGAUCCCAGAGGCAAAAGAGGCUGUUACCCAAACACAAGUCGAGGAGGGGGCUGCUAUUUUGGACCAGAUAUUACCUCCAAGGUUCUUAAUAAAUACCAGUUGAAGAUGCUCAUUAGGUCUCAUGAAUGUAAGCCCGAAGGGUAUGAAAUCUGCCACGAUGGGAAGGUUGUUACUGUAUUUUCUGCUUCUAAUUAUUAUGAAGAAGGCAGCAAUCGAGGAGCUUACAUCAAACUGUGUUGUGAUAUGACCCCUCGAUUUUUCCAGUACCAAGUAACUAGGACAACGUGCUCGAGGCCUCUUUACCAAAGGGUGAAUGCUAUUGAAAGUAGUGCCAUCAGGAUAUUGAAAGAGAGAAUGAUUUCACGAAAAACUGACCUCAUUCGUGCUUUCCAACUUCAAGACCGCAGUAAAUCAGGAAAACUUUCUGUGGGCCAGUGGGCUUUUUCCAUGGAGAACAUUUUGGGGCUGAACUUACCGUGGAGAUCCCUGAGUUCUCAUCUGGUAACCACAGACAAAAGUGGAAAUAUUAACUACAUGUCCAGCUUCCAGGAUAUCCACAUUCAGAAACCUGUGAAAGAGGCUCAAUCUACUCUAAUUGAAACUCUGUACAGAUACCGCUCUGACCUGCAAAUCAUCUUCAAUGUCAUUGACUCUGAUCACUCAGGCCUGAUUUCCAUGGAAGAAUUUCGUGCCAUGUGGAAACUCUUCAAUAGUCACUACAGCAUUCAUAUUGAUGAUUUUCAAGUUGAUGAGCUCGCUGAAAGAAUGGACUUAAACAAAGAUGGAAGCAUUGACUUUAAUGAGUUUCUAAAGGCUUUCUAUGUAGUGCAUAAAUUGGAUAAGUUGAACAAAUCAGAUGGCAACCCUCCUUAACAAGAACUAGGACUUUCCCUCCUGUAAACUCUUGGGCCGAAAUCACUGACGCCAUCUUUCCAGAACCCUUGUAAUUCAUAAUCAGUAGUAGAGAAAAGUAGACCCCCAUUCAUACCAUGAGCAGAUAUAUAAUGUGGGUUUCUGAAGUCCCCAUGAAGCGGUAAUUGGUAAAACUAGAUUAAAUGUCAGCUGAUAGUAUUUGGCUCCAGUGUUAGGACUCACACAGUGCCAGGUAGAAACUGGGUUUGAGCCUAGUGUUGGCCUCUUGGACCAGGAGACCAGAGCAGUUUGGAAACAUGUUGAAAGGAACCCACAGAGCACCAGAGAAAAGUGCAACAUGUGUCAGUGACUGAGGGAUGGGAGGAGGAAUACCAAACUAUUAAUGGAAUAAAAUAUGUCCAUCUUUAAACUCAAUCUUCUUUGGAGACCAUAAACCAGUGAUUCUCAAUCGUGGGGGAACCAUACUUGAGGGAUGGGGGCCAUAUCAGAUUCUUGGUGGGAGAGUAUUGUUUGAAAAAGCCUAUUUUUUCCUGUCUGUUGGAGAUACAAAGUGAACACAAUUCAGAUUGAACCCUAGAGUUAAUAUGGUUUGACACCUUCAUUGGUGAGAUGGGGCCUUGGUUAUGCAUACACUGUGCAAUUUAUUCUGCUAUUCCGAUUGCAUAUCAAACAUAAUAGAUUUCUCCUUAAAGGC